AAUGAUGCGUUCUUGUACAUCUUUUUCUUGAUUCAUGUAGUUUAAGGAGUUCAGGCAUUUUGGUUUAAGCGAGUGAGAUAUCGUUCUAGUGAUAUUUAGAGUAUAUUGUUUUGCUGGUGGAUUACUUCUUUGAUUAUAAUUGACACUAGAGAUACAUGGUUUUUUCUUUUUUACUUUGAGUUCAGGUGUAUGAUGUGACCCCGUUUGUGGAGGAUCAUCUUGGAGGCGAAGGGGUCUUAUUAUUCUCAAAAUGGUUUGGAUAAAAUCAAAUCUUACUGCAGAUAUAACAUUGGUUGCACUCUAGUCUAGUGUGGAUACGAAAACGGCAAGAUGAUCCUCCACAGUGAAACCAAAUCUUACUGAUAUUUUAAAUACCUACUAACAUGAGUGUGUGUGUAUGGCCUAAAUAAAUAUGGACAAUGGUGUGUGUACACAAUAUGAGUGUCCAUCUGGAUACUCAGUUUGCGUACAUCUUUUGUUGUACAUCUCCGAUUCCUAAAAUAUGAUGAACAUUUCUUCCUUUCAACAGCUCUUAUACAGUAGACAUUUUGAUCAAACAAUGCAAUAUAUUUUUGCUAUUAUUACUCUCAGUAUCUUGCACCAUAGGUUCACAAAUUCAAGAUGUAGUCAAAUUCAUGAAAAUGUACAUGUACACCGUUUUCUGUAAUCAUGCAAAACUACUUAGAUUUCAAUGCAUUAGUGAGUUCUUUUUCUGUAAACCUCCUCUUGGGAAUCUGAAUUAUUCAUCUCUGAAUGUUUCAUGUAGUAAGAAAAACCAUACACCAAUAUAUAAGAAACAAUUACAUUAUAGUCCAUUUUCCUAAUGAGAGUUAGAUAGUUUCGUCCAAGCUAAGACAUUCUAUUUCCAAGCACGAAUAUGACAUCAUUAAAACAUCUGCAAAACAUUGACUAGCAUAGCCUUACUCUUAGAAGACACUUCAAUAUAAACGAACAACAAGACAUGAUUAAAGAGGCCACACAUACAAAAAUUCAGACAACGAAAACAGAUUUACUAACAUACCAGAAUCUCAAGUUUAGAAUAUGACAAAAAUGGACACUUUACAUCUUUUUAACACUAAUUUUCAGGAAAGAAUAAAACAGACAAUAAAACUACUAAUCUUACUGUAUUUUGGGGAAAACUGAAAAUAGAGCCAAUGUGGUGGUAGAAAGUCGUCAUGGUGGUGCGUCUGGAGCUUCACCGGAGUGUUGUCGACUGCGCGGAAGAGAUGUGAUUAUGUUUUUCAUCAACCGGUGUUUGCCGACCGGAUCUUGAUGAAAACCGUGUAAAUAAAUAUUCUCCAGAGUUUAUAAAAUGUCUUUACAAUGUAAAUAAAUAAAUAAAAAACUGUAAAUCACUGUAUUCUCAAAGUCAAACCGAGUCUGGUUAUUUCUGUUCUGAUAUGUCCGGUCCGGAUAUUUUUGCCCCGGCUUAAACAUAACCCUAACCCUAACAAUAAAAAAAAAGCACAAUAAAAAAAAAGCACAAUAAAAAAAAAAGCCUUUCACCUUUUUCAUUUUUUCUUUCUCUUCAUCUUCCUUCAGAAUCCAGCCGCCUCUCUCAAACUCUCAAACUACCUCAGGGUUCGUACCACACUCUUCCUUCAUGUUUCCAUCGUUAACCUAGAACGGUCUGGAUUUAAUUGCAACUAGUAAUAAUCUUUAUUCUAAAACCGUAAUUUCCAAGGCACUAGAUAUCUAAAAAUUGUUAUCCAUUUUUGGUAGUUUGAUUUACGAGUUUUCUACUUCUUAUAUUGAUUUCAUCAUACACUGGUGUUAUUCGUUUCUUCGUUCUCGUGCUGUUGUGUUGUUGAUUUUGUUUGUUUAAUAUCGUUAUUACAGAUGUCAGCAUUAACGUAUCAAGAUUCAGGGAUGUUCAAGGUUGAGCAAACCAUUGGAAGUGUCUUGUGUUGCAAGUGUGGUGUUCCUAUGCCACCAAACGCAGCCAACAUGUGUGUCAACUGUCUCCGUUCCCAAGUCGACAUCACCGAAGGCUUACAGAAGAGUGUCCAAAUCUUCUAUUGUCCUGAGUGUGGCUGCUACUUGCAGCCACCCAAGACGUGGAUCAAAGCUCAAUGGGAAUCCAAAGAGCUCUUGACUUUCUGCAUCAAGAGGCUCAAGAAUCUCAACAAAGUCAGGCUCACGAACGCUGAGUUCGUCUGGACUGAGCCUCACUCCAAGAGAAUCAAACUCAAGCUCACUGUUCAAGCCGAGGUUCUUAACGGUGCUGGUCUUGAGCAGUCUUAUCUCGUUGAGUAUACCGUUAGAGACCAUCUCUGCGAGUCUUGCUCGAGGUUUCAGGCUAACCCUGAUCAGUGGGUUGCUUCGGUUCAGCUUAGGCAGCAUGUUUCUCACAGGAGGUCUUUCUUUUAUCUCGAACAGUUGAUUCUCAGGAACGAUGCUGCUUCUCGUGCUGUAAGAAUCAAGCAGGUUCAUCAAGGGGUUGAUUUCUUCUUUGGGAAUAAAAGCCAUGCUGAUAGCUUUGUUGACUUUUUGAGUAAAGUUGUUCCCAUUGAGUCUCGUCAGGACAAGCAGCUAGUGUCUCACGAUGUCAAGAGCAGCUUGUACAACUACAAGUACACUUACUCCGUUAAGAUAUGUCCUAUCUGCCGUGAGGAUCUUAUCUUCCUGCCUUCCAAAGUUUCUAGCGGGUUAGGAAACCUUGGUCCGCUUGUGGUGUGCACAAAAGUUUCUGAAAGAAUCAUGCUGCUUGAUCCUAGAACCUUGAGGUGUGCGUUCUUGGACGCCAGACAGUACUGGAGAUCCGGGUUUCGAUCCGCUCUCACCAGCAGGCAGCUUGUGAAGUACUCAGUGUUUUAUGUGGAACCACCUAUUGGUGAAGCGACUGUUGGAGGGCAAAAGUACGCUCUAUCAUACGUCCACAUCGCACGUGAGUCAGUUGGUAAGAUUAUAACUGUCCAAACUCAUCUAGGACAUAUCCUUAAAACAGGAGAUCAAGCUUUAGGGUAUGAUAUCUACGGUGCAAAUGUUAACGACGAUUUGCAUGGGGGGCUUCCUGAAGUGAUUCUUAUCAAGAAAUGCUAUGACAAGGAGAGAGAGAGGAAGAAGGGGAAGCCACGUGCGUUUACGACCAAGAAGCUUCCGAUGGAGAUGGAUGAGUCAAGAGGAGGACGCGGAGUUGAUCCGGAGAAGAUGGAGAAUGAAUAUGAAGAGUUUUUGAGGGAUCUUGAAGAGAACCCUGAGCUGAGGUUUGACAUAUCGUUGUACAAGAACAAGGAUUAUCAAGAGUCUAAUGAGACUGCUUCAAUGACGGAUGGAGAAGGUGCACCGACUGUGCCGAUUGAAGAGUUGCUUGCUGAGCUUGAGCUUAGUGAAGAGGAAGGCGAUGAUGAAGAGUACAUGGAUGAGUAAUUUUCCUUUUAAAACACACACAAUGAUAGUUAAUUGUAUGCUCUAGAGUUUUUGUUCUAGGUUCAUAUUUUUCUGAGACCUAUUAUGGCUAUUAUACUUUGUUUGAAAUUUUGAUAUAGUUGUAACUGUGAAGGGGACAUGGAUGAUAUUAUACUUUGUUUGAAAUUUUUCUGAGACCUAUUAUACUUUGUUUGAAAUUUUGAUAUAGUUGUUGUAACUCUGGAUGAUCAUACAGUGAAGCCAAUCUUUGUCGCCAUUAUCAAGGGAGUGUAAAAGAAACAAAAUGGCUCACAUUCAAAUCCAAUCUCUCUUUAAUCCUUUUCAUUAAAAAUGUGUUUUGAGUUUAAGAUCUCUAUUUUGCGUCUUCAACGCUAUGUAAUGUAGGAUAUGUACAUUAAUCAGUUGUUAACAUAUACAACUAUAUAUACAUGUAACUUGAGAAAAAGAGGCAGUCGCAAAAUUAUCUAUGUUGUCCGCGGUUAUUCCUGAUUGAUAGAUGUCCCCAUGAGAGACGGUUUAUUAUCACGGUGGAUUCCACACGGACUAUCUCUGCUUGCAAUGCAAGCUUCGCCUGGAAUCAAGAGACCACCUCGGCACCUCUUCAUUACAUAGUGUAUAAAACGUUCAUAAUCAGAAGAAAAUGAAAGUUUUUUAAAAACUAACUCAAUGUCAUUAUAUGAAAAUUUACUUAUAUUUUCAGUUCAGUUGCUAACAAAUUUUGUUACAUUUUCAGCUAUAGUUGUCUUGGUAAAACAACCAAAAUUUAUAAUAUUAUAUAAAAGAACAAUUUAUUGGUUAAGGUACUUUUUAGUUUUAACCUUCAAGAUAUAAAAUUAGACAGCAGAUUCCAAAGACAAGGGACACACAACCUAAAAAAUGAGAGGUGGUGAGAAAAGUUAAACUGAACAUCUCUUUCCCUAACCCACUAUAUAAAUGUAACCAUGAGUUAAAUCAAAUUUAAGAAACAAAACAACACAUAAUUAAUUGUAAAUAGUAAUACGAGUAGUAUUUAACAAUGGGUGCAUAUUUUGGAGUUUCUACAAUAUUUAUUUUCUGUUUGCUGGGGUUUUCAGCCAAUGCUGAGGUAUUCAGCAUUGGUUCUUCUUCAGGUUCUGAUAUUACUCAGGUUAGUCAUAUAUUGCUUUUCCUCUUUCUUGUGUUACAAGCAAUCUACAAAACCACAUUUUUGGCUUAGUUGUUAAAGUUUCACUGUGCUGAUAUAUGCAGGCACUUCUGAAAGCAUUCACAUCGGCAUGCCAAUCUCCGUCACCGAGCAAAGUGGUGAUCCCAAAAGGAGAGUUCAAGCUUGGUGAGAUCGAGAUGAGGGGUCCAUGCAAAGCUCCAGUCGAGAUCACCCUUCAAGGCACUGUCAAAGCUGACGGUAACGCGAUCCAGGGGAAGGAAAAAUGGGUUGUCUUCGGCAACAUUAAUGGAUUUAAGUUGAACGGAGGUGGAGCUUUCGACGGUGAAGGCAACGCGGCUUGGAGAGUCAAUAACUGUCACAAGACAUUCAACUGCAAGAAACUUCCCAUCGUAUGUGCUUCUGUCCUCACUUGUUUUUAAGAUUUUGAAAUUAUUACCUAGGUGUUAGAUGGUGAGUAGGCUCUUACAGUCCUAUAUGGAUUGUUACCCACAAAAAUUAAAGAAGUGGAGAAAGUAAAAAUAAAGAAUUGAUGGUUUUGAGACCUCAAUAUAUCAGAAUUUUCAAUUAGCUUUUGUGAAAGAAAACAACUUAGUGAUGUUAUUCUAUCUUUGUUUUUAUAGAGUAUAAGGUUUGAUUUCGUGGAGAACGCUGAGAUCAAAGACAUAUCAUCGAUAGACGCCAAGAACUUCCACAUCAACGUGCUCGGAGCCAAGAACAUGACCAUGAGUAACAUCAAGAUCACCGCUCCAGAAGACAGUCCCAACACUGACGGUAUCCAUUUGGGAAGAAGUGACGGAGUCAAGAUCCUUAACUCAUUCAUCUCCACCGGAGACGACUGCAUCUCCGUUGGAGAUGGGACGAAUAACCUUCACGUGGAGAAAGUCACGUGCGGUCCAGGACAUGGAAUCAGUGUCGGAAGCCUUGGAAGGUACGGAAAAGAGCAAGAUGUUAGCGGCAUUAGGGUCGUGAACUGCACUCUCCAAGAGACUGACAACGGACUGAGAAUCAAGACAUGGCCGUCUGCAGCUUGCUCCACCACCGCCUCCGAUAUUCAUUUCGAGGAUAUCAUUGUCAAGAACGUUACCAACCCAAUCCUCAUCGACCAAGAGUACUGCCCUUGGAACCAAUGCAACAAGAAGGUAACACAUCUUUAUAAUUCAUAUUAAAUAUUUAAUAAAUAAAAAUGGCCAUAUUAAAUAAAUAAAAAUAUUAUUCUGUUGAUUAUGAAAUUAAUUUUGUUUUUGUUUUGCAUUUACAGAAAGCAUCAACGAUUAAGCUUGUGAACAUAAGCUUCAAGAAUGUCAGAGGAACAUCAGGAAACAAAGAUGCAGUGAAGCUACUGUGCAGCAAGGGAUAUCCAUGCCAGAACGUCGAGAUUGGAGACAUUGACAUUAAGUACAGCGGAGCGGAUGGUCCAGCGACUUUCCAGUGCUCAAACGUAAGUCCCAAACUCUUGGGAGCUCAGAGCCCUGAAGCCUGCAGCAGUCCCCUGACCAAACUACCCGGCCAAUAAGUAGAAGCUCAAAACUAUUAACCUAAAGCACCCAUACAAUAUUGUAACAUUUUCUAUACAAAAUUUACUAUGAUAUAUGACGUAUGCUCUUAAUAUAUCUAAUUCAAAAAUGAAUGCAUCCAUUAUGCCUUUUUUAUUUUUUAACCAUGAGAACUAUUAAUCUUUCAAUUGCCUCGAUCGGUUCAAGCCAUAGAGUUUUGCCUCAACGAGGGAAUUUGGUUUUACAUAACUAAUGAGCCAUUUAUUCUAUGGUUAGAGCAAAUUGCGAACUCUAGUCACUAAAUCAUUGGUGAACCAAUUGUGUAAGUAAAGCUUCCGCAGUAGUUCAAGAUGGUUAGUAGUGGCUUGCCUCCCAAGUUUCUUUUUUCUUUUCUUUUUUGGGAUCAACGUAGUGAAAAGAAAUUAUGCGGAGGAUACAUAAUUACAUAUUAUUGGAAUAUCAUAAUUCAACUACUCAUUAGGAUUCAUAAUAAUAAUCUAAAAAAUCCAUGUAAUAUUCUUCUAAUUCAAAAUUAAGGAUCUCCAGAUUCAAUCAAUAAAAGUUCGUCAUUAUUGGACUAUAUAUAUAUAUUUUUUUUUAAAUGCAAAAUGAAGAUAAGAAAUCAAAUAAAACAUAAAAAUAGUUUCUAUAAGAUAAAAGUACAUGAACAGAAACGAGUGAGUUUGCGUUCGCAUAAGACAUACAAACAGACUUAUUCUCCAAAGCCCUACAAUGGCUAAAUCCUUUUCCAAUAAUCUCACUAUCAAAAAACAAAAAACCUUAAAACCACAAACAAAAGAAAAACAUAUAACCUCUAGUACAAUCUGCCUCAAAACACAAACCUUAAACAUAACCCCCAAGAACAAGAA